CGGAAUCUUUUCUUCCUUUCUCCACCGUCACUAGCCACGUUGCACUUUUCACGUGAUCACCCGCUGUGUCAGAUGCCGCCGAUCUCCCACGUAGCCUCUUUACGUCACGCUUUUUCAAAUCUUUCCGGCAUAUCCAACGGUUCUAAUUCAUUCUUAUCAUCGCUCUCUCAGUCUCAGAUUCCCCAACUAUUACACCCCACUGCCUCCCUUCCUCUUCUCCCGCGAAAUUCCCAACCGUACGGCGACGAAAAACAAAAAUCUCCGGCUACCAAAGGAAGCUCUCUCUCUGUCUUCCAUCCUCCGCUUUGCUUCCCUUUCAUUUUGUAUCAACCGUUAAAAAGAAAAAAGAGAUCAGACUCUUCCAAAAGUAAGUGCUGCGUGGAGUGAGUUUACAUUGUUUUGUGAGUUUUUGUGGGUAUUUUUCUUUUUCUGUCAUGGGUGUUGUGCAAAAUCCUGUGGCGAACAAAGAAGAUAGUAUACCAGGAGAGGCUAAGGAAAUAUUGAAGUCAUUGGCGUCCAAGUGGGAGGAUGUGCUUGAUGCUAAUGCAUUGCAGGUGAUCCCUCUUAAGGGGGCAAUGACCAAUCAGGUCUUUCAGAUUAAGUGGCCAACAAAGGCGGAGCGACGCUCACAUAAGGUUCUGAUGAGGAUUUAUGGUGAUGGUGUGGAGGUCUUCUUUGACAGGGAUGACGAGAUCCGGACAUUUGAGUUCAUGUCUAAACAAGGGCAGGGUCCUCGUCUACUGGGCCGGUUUGCAAAUGGGCGAAUUGAAGAGUUCAUACAUGCCAGGACGCUGUCUGCAUCUGAUUUGCGUGAUCCUGAUAUAUCCUCUCUCAUAGCAGCUAAAUUGAAGGAGUUCCAUGAUCUUCCAAUGCCUGGUCCGAAGAAUGUGUCCUUGUGGGUUAGGUUGCGAAACUGGCUGAAAACAGCUAAGAGUGUGUGUCCUUCUGAAGAAGCUAAAGCCAUUCGAUUGGAUGCCAUUGAACAGGAAAUUUCCUUACUGGAAAAGGUGCUCUCGGGAGAUCAAAGAAUUGGUUUCUGUCAUAAUGAUUUACAAUAUGGUAACAUAAUGAUCGAUGAAGAGACAAAAGCAAUUACCAUAAUUGAUUAUGAAUAUGCAAGUUACAAUCCUAUUGCCUUUGAUAUAGCAAACCACUUCUGUGAGAUGGCUGCUGACUAUCACAGUGAUACACCUCAUGUCAUGGACUAUAGUAAAUAUCCUGGUUCGGAGGAGCGUCAAAGGUUUCUGCAUGUGUAUCUGAGUUCUUCAGGUGGUCAAGCUAAAGAUAUCGAGGGGAAGCGGCUUUUGGAUGAUGUUGAGAAGUACACGCUUGCAAGCCAUUUGUUUUGGGGUUUGUGGGGCAUAAUAUCAGAACAUGUGAAUAAAAUUGACUUUGACUACAUGGCAUAUGCAAGGCAGAGGUUUGAACAGUACUGGUUAAGGAAGCCUCAGCUAUUGGGUUAUUUGAUUGGGAAGGAGGGAGGAACUAGCUGAUUGUCCGUCUGAUGGUUAUAUUAUGUAGUUGAUAAGUGGCUUUCUCCUCCUUAGUGCUUUGUUGACAGUUGCUUUGUAUUUCUUAAGAAAUUUUGAAUAAUUUGUUUAUUAUUUCCACAAAUAUGUUACAUUUGGAAACAUUGUUGUUUCAGGCAUAAUGCUCCUUUGUCUAUAUAAAAAAAACGCUAUUCUAGGGACC